AGGGGCCUCUUUCGGCCACGUUCCGGGAGGUCGAGCCUGGGGCGCCAAGCGGAGACAGCAAGUGGGCAGGGGUUGCCCGCAGCCUGGGCUGGGUGAGGCCCGCGGGCAGAGGUCCGGGGGGGCUUGACCCGCUGAGUCAGAGCCCUCCACCCUGGCCCUCACCCUCGGCGCCUUUGACGGAGAAUGUGGCUACUCUGCCCGUGACCUGUGCCCGGUUCCUCCAGAGUCUCUGAGGCCAGAGGUGGUGGCCGAAAGUGAACAUCCGACUGGCCGUGGGUCUCGGGCUGGGCGGGGGCGCCCCGUCUACCCGGAAUCCGUGUGCUGGGCUGCGGACAGACCGCGGAGGAGCCGUCUCAACCUCUCUCGCUGGAGCUGCCGGAGCCCCAAGGAAGCCUGCCUCCCGGGUGUCGCGAGACACCGAGAGGGGGGAGGCACGCGCUCUGUGGUCUCUCUGACACCGGGACCCUGUGCUGCUGCCAUGGUGACGCCGUUGGUCACUCACCGCCUGCAGGGGUUUCUGGGUUCCCUGUGCGCGUCAGUGCCACCUGGGACAAAGGACAGGCUCCCCACACCUGCAGCUUCUCAGGGACUGGCGCCACCGCUGACUCUGGAGCUGUUUGCAUGGCCGCCCUCCCUGCCGCCUGCUGCUCUCCACCCAGAGCUGUCUCCCCUCCCCUCCCCUCCCCUCCCCUCCCAGGCGGUCCCCAGUGUCCCGUAGGGUGGCAGCGCCCGGGGUCGUCGGGAGUUCGCUGCUGCUCUGCUGGCCGUGGUGCGCGCUCGGAGCACAUUCUAGCAGCAGACGCUUCCCAGCUGCGAGCGGGAUGUGGCCGUUAGCCCGUCUGUCCUCGCGGCCCCCUUAGCGGGUCGUUCCCUGGCCUCUGUCUUACAGGUGCGGCAGCUGACUUACAGACACUGGUAAGUUGUCCAGAGUCUCCAAACCUGGUAGGAGGCAGGGCAGCACGUGGGCUGCGCAUCUGCCUCCGGACGGGGUCCCCGUGUCGUGUGGCACGCCGCUGCUGAGACAGGCCAGGCCUCUCGGGGGCACCCGGAGGGCCAAUGGGCACGAGCUCAGUAAAGGGCGCAGAGGCCAGGACCCGCCGCGACGCGACUGACUGGGGACCUGUGGGCGCCUGUGCGGUGCGGCUGCUGGGGGCAGGUGGCGGUGAGGUGCACCGAGGCGACGGGACCGGCGGAAAGCGCUUGUCUGGACUGUGGCUGGUUGAGAAGGGCCCCGCUCCCGGGACCCUGGGGGCCGUUGGGGGCCGUGGCCCGGCCCCGGCUGGCUGCCACCCUCGGAGCAGUGACGGGGGCGGGCUGCCCGAGCCUGGAUGGCUCCCGGGGUGCUUCUGCAUGCCGCUCCUGCCCCAGCACAGCCGGCCCCGGCCUGCCCUGACGCCCUCGCCUGCUUCUCCACCCCGGUGUCCCCCCCCCCCCCCCCCCCCCCGUCAGGCAGGAAAGAUUCCCCGCCUUCCCGGGAUGGUGCGUCGUCAGCGCCGAGCCGGGAGAGUUGGUCUGCCAGUCGUGCGUGGCUCGCCCUGCGUGGAGCUCGUUGGAAAAGCAGAGCUCGGGGGACACGUGUCACGAGUGUCCUGGAGAGGAAGGGGCCUGGGAGACUGGGCUGCUGCCAUCCGGGUCGCCGCCCUGGACUGCGCGGAGGAGGAGAAUCACGAGGUGUGCCGAGCCUACGACGUCCACUUCUAUCCCACCUUCCGGUAUUUCAAGGCAUUUACAAAGGAGUUUAUAACUGGAGAAAAUUUUAAAGGGCCCGACCGAGAGCUACAGACGGUGAGGCGGACGAUGAUCGACUUUCUGCAGAACCACACGGACGGACACAGGCCCCCUGCCUGCCCGCCUCUGGGCCCCGUCCGGCCCAGUGACAUCCUUUCGCUCCUGGACAGCCGCGACGGCCGUUACGUGGCCAUCCUGUUUGAGAGCAACAGCUCCUACGUUGGACGGGAGGUGAUCCUAGACCUGCUUCCGUACGAGAACAUCGUGGUGAAGAGAGCGCUGGACACAGACAAAGCCUUCCUGGAGAAACUUGGGGUCUCUUCCGUUCCCUCCUGUUACUUGAUUUACCCAAACGGGUCACACGGAUUAAUUAACAUCGGAAAGCCUCUCCGGUCGUUUUUUUCCUCUUACUUGAAGUCGUUGCCAGAUGUGAGGAAAAAACUGCUUUCGGUGCCUGAAAGACCCAACAAAGCAGAAACUCCAGAAAUCGUGGUCUGGAGAGAAUUUGACAGGGCGAAGCUGUACACGGCUGACCUAGAGUCGGGGCUACACUACCUGCUGAGGGUCGAGCUGGCCUCCCACAAGUCCCUGGCGGGGGCCGAGCUACGGACGCUCAAGGACUUCGUCACUGUCCUCGCCAAGCUGUUCCCCGGCCGGGCGCCAGUCAGGAAGCUGCUGGAGACGCUGCAGGAGUGGCUGGCCAGCCUUCCCCUGGACAGGAUCCCCUACAACGCCGUCCUCGACCUGGCCAACAACAAGAUGCGGAUUUCUGGAAUAUUCCUUAUUAAUCACAUAAAGUGGGUUGGAUGUCAAGGAAGCCGACCAGAAUUCAGGGGUUACACGUGUGCUCUCUGGAAACUGUUCCACACUUUGACCGUCCAAGCUGGGGCCCAUCCAGAAGCGCUGGAUGGCACAGGUCUCGAGGGGGACCCACAGGCAGUGCUGCAGAGCAUCAGGAGGUACAUUCGCACCUUCUUCGGCUGUAAGGAGUGCGCUGAGCACUUUGAGGAGCUGGCGAGAGAGUCCAUGGGUUCCGUCAAAACCGCAGACCAGGCGAUCCUCUGGCUUUGGAAGAAACAUAACUUCGUGAACAACCGCCUGGCAGGCCAUCUGAGUGAGGACCCCAAGUUUCCGAAGGUUCCGUGGCCCAGCCCGGACCUCUGCCCAGCCUGCCAUGAGGAAGUUAAGGGCCUGCACAGCUGGAACGAGGGUCAGGUGCUCCUGUUUCUGAAGCAGCACUACGGCAGCGGCAACCUCGUGGACACGUACGCCGAGGACCAGGGAGACGCCAGCGACGGAGGCGGCCCGCCCGGGGGCGGGGAGCGCGAGAGGGGCCACGCUUCCCCAGAGAAGCCUCGGGGGGACCCGCGUGCCGAGAGUGCCCGUCCACCCAGCGUGCUGCCUCCCAGACCCCGCCUGUCCGAGGGCUCACAGCUCGGCCUGGACGGGAGACUCCAGAGCGUGAGCUGGGCUGAGGGCCGCAGGGAGGCAGAGGCGGUCGUGCCCUUCCUCGGGAUGGGCUUCUCCAGCCUGGACAUGAGCCUCUGCGUCGUGCUGUACGUGGCCUCGUCCCUGUUCCUGAUGAUGAUGUACUUCUUCUUCCGGGUGCGCUCCAAGCGAUGGAAGGUCAGACAUCACCGCCCGUCCGUGUAGAACCGAGCGGGACCACAGAAGCGCCUUGAGAAACAGCCCCACCGCGACACCUGCAGCUUUAACGAUGACGAUCAGGGAUUUUAUAAACACAUCAGACCUGGUUUCAUAUCAGAUGGCGUCUCGGGCCCCAGGUCCUCGUUCAACGAAUGGUUUUCCUGCCGAGGACGGGCCGCUGUUUGUGGGGCUGACUGCUGUCCGGGGGUCCUCCCUGGACGCCUCUACAGAUCCGACGGCAAAAAGACAUCUGUAUUUUUACCCUUCUAGAUCUGAAGACACGAGUGGGAGUCCAGGCCAAACGAACAGAAUUCUUCCCGCCUGCCUUCACCCUGGGUUUCUAGACGCACGUCGCGUCCUGCACCCUGGCUUGGGGUUUGGAGCACGGCCAAGCCCUUCCCUGCACCGGGAGGCCACCGGGCAGUGUCUUGCCACCAGCCGCGGCCGGCCGGAGCAGAGAGGGAGCUCGGCCGCCAGCGCACCCCACCCCCGGCCGCCUCUCGAAGCCGGUCGGGUCCUCGGAGGUUCGCUUGUGUCUGCGCUUUUCAGCUGCUUGGUUGUUUCUGCUGAAGCCGCUCACAGCCAAAGGGACGACUUCUUC